AUGCUCUUGACCUCGACGCCAGGCAGGGAAUCCAGAUUGCCCGUAGCCCAUGCUUUUGGUUCAAUUGAAACAGCAAUAAAAGACACUGGUAUCCUGGGAAGCCACUGGGAAGCCCGGAAAAUUGAAGGCUCCAUGGCUUCAACUACACACAGUCGCUCUAAGUGCGCAAGCACUUCAUCUGCGCUCAGACGUUCGACGGUUGUCCAGACAACUCAUGGACCCGUGCAAGGAUUCUUGGAGGACGGGAUGCAAAAGUUCCUGGGAAUUCCAUAUGCAGCACCACCAGUGGGUGGCUUACGAUGGCACCCACCAGUGCCGCCUGCCUCGUGGCAGGAGCCUCUUGAGGCAGUGAGCUUUGGACCUAUCUGUGCUCAGACCUCAACGUGCUUUCCAGGGUUCGGUUCUACCAGCUGCAAUGAGGAUUGCCUUUAUCUGAACGCUUUCACGCCAGAAAUCCAGGAAUCGGAAGAUAGUCGGGAGCAAAGGAGGCCGGUUAUGGUGUUCAUUCACGGUGGCGGCUUUGCGUGCGGGUCUAGUAAUGAUUACAAUCCCGUCAGCCUUGUCAACGAUGGGCAAGUCGUGUUCGUGUCGCUCAAUUAUCGUGUCGGUGUUUUCGGGUUCUUCUCUCAUCCGGCAAUCAACGCUGAAGACCAUCCAGCGGGUAAUUAUGGGAUUAUGGACCAGCAACUGGCUCUUGAAUGGAUUCGUGAGAACAUCGAGCAAUUUGGUGGGGACGGAGAUAAAAUCACAGUAUUCGGAGAGUCGGCUGGAGGAGCGAGUAUCCUAGCACAUGUUGCAGCCCCGAGCUCUCGCGGGCUGUUUCAUAAGGUAAUCAUCGAGAGUGGAGGUGCACCGCCAACUAUGCCAUAUCCAACGAUCGAAAAGCUAGAGAGUCUGGGAAUUUCGCUUGCUCACGCAGCUGGUUGUACAGAACAGACACCAGAGAAGUUGAGGUUGAUCUCAGCCAAAGACUUAUUGGAGGCGAAUGAAGUAGAGGAUGGUCAGUUCGGCAUUGGCAAAUUCCCUUUCGGACUGAUGGAGGAUGGAGUGAUUGUAGUCAAAGAUUUGCGAGACAGGUUUUUGAGAGGCGAGUUCAACAGGAUACCUAUGAUAAUCGGUGUCAAUAAAGAUGAAUUCACCUGGUUUCAGGCAAUGAUGGAAUGGCGCUCAGGAAAAGUUGUCUCUGCCGAAGCAUAUCCCGAAACUGUCAGUGCGACCAUUGAGUUACUCAAUAAACUGCACUUGAAUGGGGUGAUAGUACCACAGAGUGCGAUUCCUCAAGUGUUGAAGAUGUAUCCCAUUGAAGCUCAUGGCAGUGCGAGCAGGGCACUUGCAGCGGUGGUUGGUGAUGCAGGGCUUAUUUCCACCGCUGGGCGACGUGCAACAAGAGUGCUGGCGAAGCAUUGUCCAGAAGUGUUUGCAUAUGAGUUCGAUGUCCCUGAUACGCCCUGUCCAUGGCCGGAAGUAUCAUUUCCAUAUGGCUCAGCACACACAUUGGAAUUGCCUUACAUAUUUCCAGGUUUCUGUGGGGCGAGCGGCAAAGCAACACCCCUGAGCAGGUCGCAGCAGGUGCUGGCAAGGCAGAUGGUCCAAUAUUGGACCACAUUCGCUCGAUACUCCACGCCUAAUGACCCUGAAUUGUCACAAGAUAUGCCUCAGUGGAAAACAUACCAUGCUCAAGAUGACAACAUUAUGCUCCUCCAAGCAUCAGAGCCUAGCAAGAUGGUCGAUGGCUGGGGGGAAAGACACAACUCUGAUUUCUGGGAUGCUUUCUAUUAA